GGCAUCGAUCUGCGGACAUAUAUCAUCGAUGGGAUACCCUGCCCUGCUGCAGCACUACGCAGUAAGUACGCUCCGUGUCCUGUGCUGCCAGGCCUGGCCUCUUUUCAACAUUGCCCGCCAUAUCCCUACAUCGCCUCUAACACACCCCUCACUCCUUUUUUGCUGGCUACCGUUGUAUUUCCUACGCACAUCCCAUCCCGAUUCUGUUUCUGGCCCAUAUCCACCAUCAACCCACUCCGUCACAGUGCCCCCUUGGCCCUUGACGGCAGAGGAAUAUACUACCUAGGUACGCAGUACGCAGUGGUGCUCCUAAAAUCCCCAUCCCAAUUCCCAAUCCCCAUAUCCCAUAUCCAUCCGGGCCCCAUACCUACUGCGUACUACCCAUUCAUACUCAUUCAUACCCAUACUUACCCUUCCGCAAAC